UUGAAGCAACAGAAUUACUUCCAUCCCGCAGCCCAAGCAUUUAGGCCCAACUGAGAACUCACACCCACAUAAACCUCUCUACAUAAAACCCUAAUUUAUCAAUCGUCAUCAUUCUCGCUGUGGUCGCCGCUGCUCCGAUCAAAGUUGUUGUUUGGGUGGUGAUAGGAUGAGUAAAGGAGGAGCAGGGAGUGGCGGGGCCCAGAAAGGGGGAGGGAAGAAGAAGGCGACGACGUUCGUGAUCGAUUGCAAGAAGCCGGUGGAUGAUAAGAUUAUGGAGAUCGCCUCACUGGAAAAAUUCCUCCAGGAGCGCAUCAAGGUCGGCGGCAAGGCCGGUGCCCUCGGCGACUCCGUCACCGUCACCCGCGACAAGACAAAGAUCUCCGUCACCGCCACCGACGCCACCGCCUUCUCCAAAAGGUACCUGAAGUAUUUAACAAAAAAAUAUCUAAAGAAGAACAAUGUGCGGGACUGGCUCCGGGUGAUAGCUUCGAACACUGACCGAAGUGUCUAUGAAUUGAGAUACUUCAACAUUGCCGAGAAUGAGGCUGAGGAGGAGGAUUAAUCGGAGUGUUAAGCUUAACCUUCUCAUUAUUCCCAAGGGUUUUUUUUUUGCUUAAAGUUCGGCUUUCAGACGUCAAACCCAUUCUUUUAUCUUGGUUAAACAAUUUUACUACUAGAACUAGUGUUAUUCCUGGAUUGGAAAUGGAAUGUAGAGUAUCAUCAAAGUUUUGAUCA